GAGGCCCAAGCGGGCAUUUGCACGCACAGUAUCGCUCGUCCUACGUCCGUCCCUGUAUAUAAGUGGAUCACACGUCUCCUACCUUUGCAAGAGCCAGAGAGGAGAAGAGAGAGAGAGAGAGAGAGAGAGAGAGAGUACCACCUCGAUUAUAAGUGGUCAGCCGGGUCGACACUCAUCGAUCGAUGGUGAUCAGCCGCGUCGCGCUCCUUCUGCUCGUCUGCGCGGCUGCCCGACCUGCUUCUGCCGGAGAUGGCCUGCUCCAGAACGGCAACUUCGAGUGCGCCCCGGACGUGUCCCAGAUGAACGGCACGCGCGUGACGAGCCCCUACGCCAUCCCCAGCUGGGAAUCCACGGGCUGCGUGGAGUACAUCCAGUCCGGAACGACCCAGGACAACGGCAUGGUCCUGGCGGUUCCCGAGGGCGCGCACGCCGUGCGGCUGGGCGUCGACUCCUCCGUCCGGCAGCAGCUCACCGUCACCGCCGGCGCCUACUACUCCGUCACCUUCAGCGCGGCGCGCACCUGCGCGCAGUCCGAGAAGCUCAGCCUCUCCGUCAUCCCCUGCAGCCCGGACCACGCUCCCAGCGCGCUACCCAUCCAGACGGUCUACAGCACCAGCGGCUGGGACUCCUACUCCUGGGCCUUCCUCGCGACGCAGGACGGGGCCGUCACCCUCGUCAUCCACCACGCCGACGACGGCGUCGACGACCCGGCCUGCGGGCCUAUCCUCGACGCCGUCGCCAUCAAGACGCUCACCGUCCCCAACCCUCCUUGUCAGGAAGGCGGCAGUAAUAUGCUGAGGAACGGGGGGUUCGAGGAAGGUCCUUACAUGAUCCCUGGCAGCGCGGCGUGCGGCGUGCUCGUGCCGCCCAUGGACGAGGACGACGUGUCGCCGCUCCCGGGGUGGAUGAUCAUGUCCUACUCCAAGGCGGUGAAAUACAUCGGCUCGGACCACUUCGCGGUGCCGUCGGGGACCCGCGCCGUGGAGCUGGUGGCGGGCGUGGAGGCGGCGCUGGUGCAGGAGGUGGACACCGUGCCGGGGUCGGCAUGCCGGAUGGAGUUCUCCGUCGGGGACGCCGGCAACGGGUGCGCGGCCUGCGAGACGGAGUCGGCGCCCGGCCUCGGCAUGCGCGUGACGGCGGCCGCCGCGGAAGGGAGCACCAGCGUGGCGCACUGCUCCAAGGGCGACGGCGGAUCAGGGUGGGAGCGCGGGGUGCUGGAGUUCAAGGCCGUGGAGAAGCGAACCCGUGUGGUGCUGUUUAGCGCGGGCUAUCAUACCAGGUCUGAUGGCUCCGGCACGCUCUGCGGGCCUGUUGUCGAUGACGUCUCGCUCGUCUGCGCGGCUUCGUCCGCGCCGCCGCCUGCUCAACGCCGCCGGUUGCUUCGUCGGUAGUUGCUCUCUUUUUGUAAUUUGAACACUUCCCUCUUCUUAAAUUUGAACCCUUCUUCAGUUGUACUACCAGCUUGGCAUUUUCUUUCGUUUUUCUUCUCUCCGCAAGAACAUCAACAAUUUUGGACGAAUAGGCAUUCCGGAGAAUAUUUUUUUUCAAGAAUGCAAAGGGGUGCGUCAUCAAAUUAAGGGAGAAUAAAUCUCACAGGGAAUUUCUUGGGAA